AUGGUUUCUACAACAGAAUCAACAAUACAAAAGUUGGAAGAUUGUUCGAUGAACGGAAUUCCAAUUUAUACAUCAGAAAAAUAUGGAAAUGACGAGCAAGGUGAUGGAUCUGAAACAAAACCAUUUCGAACUCCAUUACAGGGUUAUCGACAAUAUAGUGAUACAAUUACAAUCUACAUUGACUCGAAAGAUGAAAGCAAAGGUAAAUGGGAAUUGUUAUCGAAAACACAAGGGAAAAAAGUGAAAAUUCAAUAUGAAGAAGAAAAACGAAAACAAGAACGAUCACGUCAACAAGAGAUUGAAGAUGCUCAACGACGAGAAGAAAAUUAG